AUGUCACCCAACAACAACCUCAUGAACAACCCUGCCUUGCAAGGCCCGGCCUUCGCCCACCUACCCCCAUGGGUGAAGGCGAAACUCUCACCAUUGGCCGUCGAAAAGAUUCAGGCCGUUCAUGACUGGGUCGAAGAUGAGUGCAUUCCAAGGGAGGAGAUAUUCAAGGCUCAGCUUCAAGGUCGCCGCUGGACGACGCCUCCCUUGAUGCACGAAUUGCGAGCCAAGGCCAAGGAGCGUGGCCUGUUCAAUCUUUUCUUACCAAACCACUUCAAAGAAAGCCCUGGAUUGACCAAUCUCGAGUACUCUUGCUGCGCAGAGAUUAUGGGUCGCUGUUACUGGGCCGCUCAGACCAUGAAUUGCCACGCUCCCGAGACAGGAAACAUCGAACUUUUGGCCAAGUAUUGUAAUGAAGCCCAAAAGACAAAGUGGCUUCAGCCUCUACUCGACGGCUUGGCUGCCUCUGCAUACUCCAUGACUGAACCUGAUGUCGCCAGCUCGGAUGCCACUCAGAUCGGCAUUCGCAUCAAGCGCGACGGCGACUCAUACGUCAUCAACGGCAGAAAGCUCUACGGGAACUGUCUGUGGAACAAGGAGCUGUCUUUUUACAUCUUGAUGGGCUGCACCGACCCUGACAACUCCGAUAAGUGGUCUCGGCAUUCCAUGAUCAUCGUUCCUUGCGACACUCCGGGCAUCUCCCAGGUUCGAAACCUCACUAUCAUGGGAUAUGACCACGCACCGGAGGGUCACGGAGAAUACUUGUACGAAAACGUCCGCGUGCCAGCAGAAAACAUCAUCCUGGGAGAAGGACGCGCUUUCGAGAUCGCUCAGGGCCGUCUUGGACCAGGUCGCAUCCAUCAUUGCAUGCGACUCAUCGGGCAGUGUGAGCGUGCCUACGAGCUAGCUCUCAUUCGUUGCAACGACGCUCGAAAGAAGCCACGCGGCAAGCUGAUCGGAGAGUUCGACUCCAACAUCGAGCGCGUGGCGCAGAUGCGCCUCGAACUGGACUCGGCGCGCCUGGUCGUUCUCAACGCCGCCGACACCAUGGAUCUCUUGGGGAACAAGGCCGGCAAGCGAGCCAUCGCCCAAAGCAAAAUACUUGUGCCUAUCCUAGCCACCAAAAUCAUUGAUGAGUGCAUGCAGAUGUUCGGCGGCCAAGGCCUCACGCAGCACACCCCCCUUCCCGAAAUGUGGACAUAUGCUCGGUUUGUGCGGGUGGCGGACGGGCCAGACGCGGCGCAUAGGCAUCAAGUCGGACGAGAAGAGAUGAAGAAGGCGGUGGAUAUUAUUAAGAGACACCAGGUCUAUCAGGAAAGAUACAAAACGUUUGCAAAGCAGCAUGGGGAGAUGUAUGUAUCUUACGACUAG